AUGCAUCAUUAUUAAAAGUAACAGCAGCAUCAAUAUAAUCAUGAUGCUAUAUUAGAAUUCACUCGUCCAGAGCUCUAAUAGUUUUAAGGAUUAUCGUCAUAAACGCAGUAAGUGGCAUCAUUAGAUGUCACCAAAAAUAAGAACAACUUAAGAGAAGACAUUAAGAUGGACCCAACAAUCAAAAGUGUGAGUAGAUAAAGACAAUUAAAGAUUCAGGCUUCAACUCCUAUUAAUCUACUUGAGAGUUAAAGUAACAAAGUCAUAGAUGAUGAACUUUACUCUCAAAACAACUAAUUUAAUCUGUUCACUCAUCAGAAGAUACCAAAGCAUCUUAGAAUAGAAAACUAGGCAACUCUUAAAUAAGCAUUACUCGAACUUUACCUCUCAGUUAAAAUUAGAUCUGAUGAGGAAAUCGAUAAUUAUAACGAAGCUUUGUAUCUCAGGGAGAAAGAGCAAAUGGCUUAAGUGGAUGGAUUUACACUUAUAGACUAUGUCAAAUCUAGCAUAGAAAUAUUAAUGAACAUGAAAUUUGAGGAUGGACAUGGAGUUGCCAACUAAGAAGAUUAAUUAACAGAUGAAGAUGGCCAGAAUAUAUAUGAGGAGGCAAUAAAGCAACAGUAGGAAAGGGAAUUCAUUCCAUUAAAAAAAAAUAAUGACCAGAAAAAAAGGAUUAGGAACACUUCUCGAGAGGAUAAGGAAAUACUGACAACAAAGCAAAUGCCAAAAAUUGAUGACAAAACUCCUUCAUCCAGUAUUCUAGAUCUUUAGUAAAAGUUGGACCAAAUUUCUUCACCUCACUCUUAUGUUUCCUCUUUAAUCUCUAUACCUAUGGCUCACCCAUAGUACGAGAAGGCACUCAGAGCUUUAGAAAAUGAGUGCAGGAAUCAUAUCAAAGUUGAAUAGUAGAUGAAACUGCACAUUGAUGCUCUUUAGGAAAAACUCUUGCAUUCUAGAAAGGAAUGUGAUAGGCUUAAUAAUGCAGUAGCUGAUAAAGUUUAAGAGCACAGUGAAAGUAUGCAUCGGCUUAACGAGAUUAUUAAGAAGUAAGAGGAUGAUCUCAUAAGCAGACUUGAAAAGAUAUAAUUAUUAGAAGAUAGAUCAUAGGCUUAUAAAGAGGAAAAAGAGACUCUUUUAGAUAGAAUUAAAGAGCUACAGCGAUAAUAUGAUAAACUUAAAAAAGAAAAUGGCUAAUUAAAAAAGAACAUUCAGGAUUUAUCACAAAGCAUGGGUUCACUAGUUGAAUACUAAAACAAUCAAAAUAGCAGGAUAAACAUCACCAGCACUAAUCAGAAUAAUACCUUGCCUGAAGUACUGGCAGAUUACGCUGACAUGCAAGUAAUAAGCAAGAAUUAGAAUAUGCUUAGAUAAUUCUCAGAGAUGAAGAAUGUUCACUUCAAUAAUGUCAAUCAUAUCAACAGCAAUAAUAGCUUUAUUCUCAACACAUCGAGAGAUUCUAUUAAUCAUCACUAGAGUAUAAAGAAUAGCAAGAAAUUAUCUGUGUCCAUUCUAGAAUAUGCCAAAGAACCUUUAACUGAGAGAAACAAGGAUGGACUAAACAAUCCAUACUUAGUGGAUGGCUAAAGUAGAAUGAAAUAGUAAAUUUUCAAUACAAACUUUCAUAGCGAACUUCAGCAAGGUAGGGAUGAAAAAUAUACUGGACACAAGCACUGCAACACAUAGAUCAUCUAGUAACAAAAAGGUGCACAAUCACUUUCAUAAUAAUCUAGAUUCAAGCAGGAAUACAGACUAAACCUAGCUUUAUAGCAACAAGCAACAUCAUUCUCAUAGAAACAACAAAGAUUGUCCUUUUCACAUUAGAAAUCUUUCAAUCAAUAGCAUCAGUCAUAGAACUAACAAAUUUAAAGCCAUUAAAACUUAUUUCUUAGCAGUGCAAACCUUGUUGGAACUCAGAAUUCAGCUGAGAUAACAAAGAAGGGCAGUGAAAUUUCUUCUGGAAUAAACAUAUCAACUGACUAUACUAUGAGCAGAAUUCAAGGUAAUGGGAACUAGCCAAACAAUAACAAUAAUAAUAGUGUGAUAAUGACUUCUCAGCAUUUUGCUAUUAAUUCCGGAAGUGGUCGUUCUAAUCCUAUUAAUUACUCAGUGAGUAUGAUUCAUAGCGGACAUACCUCUGCUAAUAAGUAAAUUCAAGAUCCUAUUGAAAAUAACUAUGGGGAGAGAUAACUAAGAAACUCAUAAUUUGAUCCAGUAGUUAGCAGUGGUUCAGUUGUUCACAGAAACAGACAGCAUGAGUUAUCUCACGGCUACAGCACCUAAGCUCAUAGAGAUGGUAGCUUAGAAAAAGUAAUUCAAAUCUACAACAAUAAAGGCCAGCUUAAAAAGAAAUUACCUAAGUCAAGUCUAUAAAAAUCCUUAGCAGAGAAUGUCAGCUUUAAGUAAAAGAACUUAUAAUAACAGAUAAAUAAUAGCAAUGGUUUAAUUAAUCCUAAUAAUAGUAAUAACGAGAGCAAGAGCUUUAUCAACAUUUCCUUCACUAAGAAGUGA